AUGCCCCAGACGCUGAGUGCCACAAGCAUGGUGACUCCCUGUGGCUUCAGCCCCCACCUUCAUCCAUCUGGGGAGCAAGGAGGACUGAUCUUCCAGGAUGGAAACCUGAGCUCAGCAUCACUUGAUGCUUUGAUCCAGCAUCUGAUCCCCACCACUGAUUACUACCCAGAAGAAGUGGUGGAGGGAGCAAAGCCCAUAGAACAGAAUGAAGUCGGGACUCAGAGCAGCCCUCGAGCCCUCAUUGGCAGAAUCACGGGUCUAGGGGCUUACUGGAAAAGGAUGAAUCAGCUUCUACAGGCACUGAAUCAGAAGCUUGCCACGCUUAGCCAUGGACAGGAAGGUCUAGUCAAAAUCAAUGCCACUGUCUCAGACAAGCUUGUCUCCUUCAAGACAAAGCCUCCCCCCUCAAUUCAACGAGAGAUUCUGAGCGUCUGCAGUGACCCUUACACCUUGGCCCAGCAGCUGACCCAUGUAGAACUGGAAAGGCUGAGUCACAUUGGACCAGAAGAAUUUGUCCAGGCUUUUGUGCAUAAAGAUUCUCUGGACAGCACGAAGCCUUGUUUCAGUGAACAGAACAAGACAAAUAACCUCGAGGCUUAUGUGAAAUGGUUCAACCGUCUGUGUUACCUUGUGGCGACUGAAAUCUGCAUGCCAGCCAAAAAGAAGCAAAGAGCACAGGUGAUUGAGUUCUUCAUAGAUGUGGCUCGGGAAUGCUUCAACAUUGGGAAUUUCAAUUCGCUGAUGGCAAUCAUCUCGGGCAUGAACAUGAGCCCUGUCUCCAGGCUAAAGAAGACAUGGUCCAAAGUGAAAACAGCCAAGUUUUUCAUCCUCGAGCACCAGAUGGAUCCCACAGGCAAUUUCUAUAACUACCGGACAGCGCUGAGAGGGGCAGCCCACCGAUCUCUCACUGCCCACAGCAACAGGGAAAAGAUAGUCAUUCCUUUCUUCAGCCUGCUGAUCAAAGACAUAUACUUUUUGAAUGAAGGAUGUGCCAACCGCCUUCCAAAUGGACAUGUCAACUUUGAAAAAUUUCUGGAGCUGGCUAAACAAGUUGGGGAGUUUAUAACAUGGAAACAAGUAGAAUGCCCAUUUGAACAAGAUCCCAACAUUACCCACUACUUACACACUGCUCCCAUCUUCACUGAGGAUGGCCUUUAUCUGGCUUCUUAUGAAAGUGAAAGCCCAGAGAACCAAGUAGAAAAAGAGAGGUGGAAGUCUUUAAGGGAUCACCAGCCUACUUGGGUAACGAGUGCAUUGCAGUCGAACAAACCAACUACCAAGACAAAGGGCCUGGGGAGCCUUGACAUCACAAAUUCAACAUGA